AUGAAGGACUUGAUGUCUAGUAAGAUUGACUUUCAAUACUUGGCCACGGUUACACUGACUCAGAUAUGUAGUGCUAUGACAAGACCCAUAGCUGAGAAGCUAUUUGACCCAGGGGGUUUCAAAAUCCCAUGCACAAUAGGCAACUAUGCGUUUGCUAAGGCACUUUAUGAUUUGGGGGCAACCAUAAACUUGAUGCCCCUGGCUAUCUACAAAAGGUUAGGCAUUGGAAGAGCUAGACCCACGUCCAUGUUACUACAGCUAGCUGACUGGACAGUGAAGAGGCCCUCUGGUAUCCUUGAUGAUGUAUUAGUACAGGUUGGGAAACCUGUGUUCCCAGCAGAUUUUUGUCAUUCUUGA